AUGGUCAGGCUUGUGACUUGUGGCUGUGAGAUUUUUGUUCUCUUGUCCCUCCUCUUUCGUUUAGAGGAACUACGUCCGUCAAUCGUCGCUAAAAUGGGCAGGGCAAAACAGACACGGAAGUUCGCAACGGUUAAGCGGAUGCUAAAUCCCAAUGACAUCCGACUUAAAGAAAAUCAGCUGAAGCAGAAAAAGAAGGAGGAAGAAGAAAAGGCGAAGGCCGUUCGACGAGUACCGCAGGUUGCCUCAUCCCUAUUUUUCCAACAUAAUACAGCGCUUGUCCCUCCUUAUCGAGUUUUGAUUGAUACCAACUUCAUCAACUUCAGUUUGCAAAAUAAACUUGAGCUUAUUAGCGGCAUGAUGGAUUGUCUGUACGCCAAAUGCAUACCUUGUGUUACAGACUGCGUCAUGGCAGAGUUAGAAAAGCUGGGUCACCGAUAUCGUGUCGCUCUCCGAGUAGCCCGAGAUCCUAGAUUCGAACGUCUUCGGUGUUCGCAUACGGGCACUUAUGCUGAUGAUUGUCUUGUACAGCGCGUGACUGCCCACAAAUGCUUCAUUGUCGCGACUUGUGAUAGGGAACUUCGUCGCCGAAUUCGACAAAUACCGGGUGUGCCACUGAUGUAUAUCGUGAAGAAACGGUACGCAAUCGAACGAUUGCCUGACCAGGGCGCUCCGAGUUAG